AAGAAGAUUAGUUGCACAGCGCUUUCUGUUGUUUUGUUGUGGUGCUGGUUUAAUACGAACUGUUAAAAAUGUAUUUCUGUAAAUAAAAAAGGCCGUUUUUAAUCAGGUCCGUGAUCUGUAAUAUUCUCACAGUCGUGUCGUUGCUGAAGUUAGCAGGAAUAUCUGGAGCAGUAUCAUCUGAACUGAGAUCUGCUGCUGUGAAGAUGGAGUUUGUUAAAGAGGAGAUUGAGGAGAACACGAGUGAAAUGAAACACGAGGAACCAGAAACCUGCAGAAUAAAACAAGAGGAACCAGAAACCUGCAGAAUAAAAGACGAGGAACUAGAAACGUUGAUAAUAAAACGAGAGGAACCAGAAACCUGGAGAAUAAAACAAGAGGAACAAGGAGAGUUUAUUGAAGAAAGUGAGGAGAACAAAAAAUGGAUUGAAGUUGAGGAGAAAAAUCAUGUCAAAACUGGAGAAAAACCUUUGAGCUGCUCUCAAACCAAACAGAAAAAUUUAAAGAAAAGAAGAGCCAAGAAACCGUACACUUGUGAUCAGUGUAAUAAAACAUUUUUGAGAGCUUCAAACCUGAAGAGCCAUCUGACAGUUCAUACAAAGGAGAAACCGUAUUCAUGUUAUUCGUGUGGAAAGAGUUUUUCACGUUUUUCAAAUUUGAAAAAACAUCAGAAAAUACAUACUGGUAUGAGAGAGUACAUGUGCUUUGAGUGUGAAAACACUUUUACUUCAGCGAGCAGUUUAAAACGGCACGAGAGGAUCCACACUGGAGAAAAACCUUAUAAGUGUUCACACUGUGACAAGAGAUUCACUCAGUCAACACAUCUGAAAACACAUGAGAAGAUCCACACUGGAGAGAAACCUUAUAAGUGUCCACACUGCAACAAGGGAUUUAGUGAUUCAGGAGACCUAAAAACACAUGAGAUGUUCCAUACUGGAGAGAACCCAAAUAAGUGUUCACACUGUGACAAGAGAUUCAAUAGGUCAACAGACCUGAAAACACAUGAGAGGAUCCACACUGGAGAGAAACCUUACAAGUGUUCACUUUGUGACAAGAGAUUCAAACAGUCAUCACAUCUAAAAACACAUGAGAGGAUCCACACUGGAGAGAAACCUUAUAAGUGUUCACACUGUGACAAGAUAUUCAAUAGGUCAGCAAACCUGAAAACACAUGAGAGGAUCCACACUGAAGAGAAACCUUACAAGUGUUCACACUGUGACAAGAGAUUCAAUAGUUCAUCAAGUCUGAAAAGACAUGAGAGGAUCCACACUGGAGAGAAACCAUACACAUGUGAUCAGUGCGGAAAGAAUUUCGCACAAAAAAGGAAUCUUACAGAGCAUAUGAAAGUUCAUACUGGAGAGAAACCAUACACUUGUGAUCAGUGUGAGAAGUGUUUCACACGCUUAUCACAUCUUAAGGAUCACUUGAACAUCCACACUGGAGAGAAACCGUGUUCAUUUGAUCAAUGUGAUGAAACAUUUUUGAGAGCUUCAGACCUGAAGAAACACCUGACAGUUCAUACAAAGGAGAAGCCAUAUUCAUGUUGUUUGUGUGGAAAGAGUUUUUCACGUUUUUCAAAUUUGAAAAAACAUCAGAAAAUACAUACUGGUGUGAGAGAGUACAUGUGCUUUGAGUGUGGAAAGACUUUUAAUUCCAUGACCUGUUUAAAACGACAUGAGAGGAUCCACACUGGAGAAAAACCCUACAAGUGUUUGCACUGUGACAAGAGAUUCAAUCAUUCAACACAUAUGAAAACACAUGAGAGGAUCCACACUGGAGUCAAACCUUACAAGUGUUCACACUGUGACAUGAGAUUCAAUAAUUCAACACAUCUGAAAAGACACAAUCGGAUCCACACUGGAGAAAAACCUUAUGAGUGUUCACACUGCGACAAGAGAUACAGUCAGUCAAUACAUCUGAAAAUACAUGAGAUGAUCCACACCGGAGAGAAACCUUAUGAGUGUUCACACUGCGACAAGAGAUUCAGUCAGUCAAUACACCUGAAAAUACAUGAGAGGAUCCAUACUGGAGAAAAACUGUAUUACUGCACUGAAUGUGGGAAGCGCUUCAGUCAUUUAUCUGCUCUACAGAGGCAUACAAAAAACUAUCACAGUAAGGCCCAGUACAAACGGAGGUGCAUUUAGCUAUUUUUGUAAAAAUUUUGUAUUAUAUUGGUGUGUCCUCGAGAUGGAUCCAGCACUUUUGCAGCCUGAAACUGCUAUUAACUCUGCUUUAGAGUUACUCUCACAGGUCACUGCACUUAUUCGCAGACACCAAAGUACAUUAUUUGCAUGUUCUUUAAAUCCUUGCUGGUUAAAUAUUUCAUUCACACGCUGGUCUGACGUAUGCCUUUUCUGAGCAACGUGUGUGCACCAAAAAGCCUGU